UUGCAGCUCUCUCCUUCUCUCUAUACCAAUUCAUUCUUUGCCUCUUUCUGAAUCAGUUACAAACUCAAACAAUGGAAGGAGAAGCUGUCGCCGCCGUCAUUAAAGUUUUAGUUCAAAACCUCAUCGACCAUUCCAAGACAGAGAUCUCACUGAUCCGAGGUCUCGACAAAGAAGCAGCAAAGCUAGCUGGGAGUUUAGAUACGAUCCAACAAUUGUUGAACGAUGCUGAGAGCCGUACCAUUCCCGGUGGGGCUGUCAAAAGCUGGCUGAGGAAGCUCGAAGAUGUGGCGUUUGAUGCUGACAACGUUUUGGAUGAACUCAACUAUCAUCUUCUCUCCAAACGAAUCAAGUCCAUCAAACCCAUGAAAGAAAAGGUACUAUCAUGCUUCUCAUCUUUGAGUCAUAUUGCGCAUCCCAGAAAUAUAGCUCUUAAAAUCCAAGAAAUCAAUGAGAAUUUGGAGUCCAUUUACAAAGAGGGAGCCGGGCUUGGCCUCCAAGGGAGGAUUUCCAAUGGUGAGCAAACUUUGCCUACUUUUGAAACCGAUUCCUUCUCACAUGAUCCAAUUUUCAUUGGAAGAGAUGAGUUGGUGUCGGAAAUAGUUGAGAUUAUUAACACUAGUACCACAACUGAUGAACGUGUAAUUUCUAUCUUUGCCAUUGUUGGAAUGGGAGGAUUGGGGAAGACAACUUUGACUAGAAAUGUCUUUCAUCAUCCAAAGAUAAAAAAUCACUUUGGUUCACAUAAUUGGGUGCAUGUUUCUCAAAUUUUUGAUUCAAUCACUCUUUUCAAGAAAAUCCUCAAAUGCUUAACUUCUACUGAUAAAGUUGAAGUUGAGAGUAGGGAAGAUAUUAUGAAAAAGCUUCAAGGAGCUUUGACUGACAAAACUUAUCUUCUAAUUCUUGAUGAUGUUUGGAAUCAAGAUCGUCCCAAAUGGGAUGAUUUUAUUAAUUCUUUGGUUGGCGUUACUUCUACCAAGAGGAAUGCAAUUGUUAUUACCACCAGAAAUAUGGAAGUUGCUUCAACUAUGCAAUCACUUCAUACACAUGAGCUCAAAGGAUUAUCACAUGAAGAUUGUUGGUCAAUAAUCCAAGCAAAAACUUUUGGAAAAGAGGAUAUUCCAUCAGAGUUUGAGGCCAUAGGGAGGAAGAUUGCAACAAGAUGUCAAGGUUUGCCAUUAGCAGCCAAUGUAGUUGGUGGAGCACUAUGCAAUAAAUCUGAAGAAGAAUGGCUCUCGAUUGAAGAGAAAUGGCUUUCACAUGAUGAAGGGGAUCGUAUCACAGAGAUAUUGAAGUUGAGCUUUGAUAAUUUGUCUCUACCGUCACUCAAGAAGUGUUUUGCAUGUUGUUCGGUCUUUCCUAAAGGUCGCAAAAUCAAAAGUCAGGAACUGAUUGAGUAUUGGAUGGCAGAAGGAUUUCUUGAAGCUAAUGGAAACAAUGAGAUGGAGUGCUUGGGCGACAAAUUUAUGAAAGUUCUUUUGCACAACUCUCUACUACAAGUUGCAGAAAGAGAUGAUUAUGGAAAUGUAGAGAGUUGUGUGAUGCACGAUCUUGUGCAUGAUCUCGCAUGUUCAAUUUCAGGGUCUUCUAAUAAUACAGAAGGCGGGAGCCGAGUGAGAUACAUGAUACAUGAUGGAGAAAGUCGUAUUCCAAAAGAAGUGGCAAAAUAUCUACGUACGUUAUUGAUCGAGGGAUACAUUUAUCGUAACAAAUUUGCAGAUUUCGAGCGUCUACAUGUUUUAAUUCUUGCAGAUAUUGGAUGUGAAAAGUUGCCAAGUUCGAUAAGAAAGUUGAUACAUUUAAGGAAACUUGAUAUUUCGUUGACGCUUAUCGAAUACUUGCCGGACUGGAUUGGUGACUUCCAUAAGUUGCAAACAUUAAACGCAUGUUCAGAAAGCUUGUGGGAACUGCCUAGUACUCUGAAGUACUUGAUUAAUUUAAGGCAUCUUUAUAUCAAUUCCUUUGCAAAGUUGCCUGCCGGGAUUGGGAAUUUAACUUCUCUCCGGACGCUAGAGUAUUUUAAUGUUGGCAAAAAGAAUGGAUGCAAAAUUGAAGAGCUCGGGAGUAUGAAUGGUCUCAAAGGAAAAUUGGAAAUUUAUAAGCUUGAAAGGGUUGAAAACGAGGAAGAGGCUGAGAAAGCAAGUCUAUCUAACAAGUCAAAAAUAUUGGAUUUGUGUUUGAGAUGGGAUGAUGAUAGAGAAGUUGAAGCUACAAAUGAUGAGAAUGUGUUGGAAGGCCUCCAACCUCACUCUAAUCUGAAGAAGCUACAAAUUGAAGGAUUCAAAGGCAAAAAAUUUCCGUCAUGGACCCAGAAGAUGGCAGUUGAAAAUGUAACUCAAGGCUGUUGGAUACCACUUAAUAAGUUGAUUGAGAUAAAACUCUCCAAGUGCUCAGAAUGUGAAGAAAUCCCAAUGUUUGGGCAGUUGCCAAAUCUCAAGUCUCUCUGGUUAGAAGAAUUGACAAACUUGAAGUCCAUUAAUUCUUCUUUCUAUGGAUUAAUGAAUGAGGAGACACGUAUUGUUUUUCCAGCUCUAGAAAGGCUUGUGUUGGAUGACAUGCCUAAUCUUGCAGAGUGGGCAGAAGAAGAAUCUGCAGGUGCAAGUGAUGUGAAGGUGUUUCCUAACCUCCAACACUUGGAGAUCUCUAAGUGCAAGCAAUUGAUGACUUUUCCUAAUUAUUCGUGGUCAUGCCUCAAAAGUUUGAUCAUCAAGGGGACUGGGAGCAUGCCUUUAAGAUGCAUAUUCAAGACGAAACUAAAGUUGCUAACAGAGCUUUGGAUAGAAGGAAUAGAUGAUCUGGAAUAUCUCCCAAAUUGGCUAUUCUAUAACCAUCCCAAUCUCUUGGAGUUAAGUAUAAGAAUGUGUUCCAACUUGAGAGAACUACCAGAGGGUCUAGGCACCCUCAAUUCUUUGGAGAAGUUGAUUAUAACCUACUGUCCAAAUUUGGAACGAGUAUCAGAUAUUGGUGCACAACAAUCACAAGGAAGCCUCACAUGUCUUAAAACAUUGGGGAUUUGGGAAUGCAAAGCUUUGCUGUAUAUACCAUGUGAAAUGGUAGGAUCCUUGCUUGAGAAACUGGAGUUGAAGGAACUAAGAAGCCUAAAGAAUCUUCCCGAAAUAAUUGACCAUCUGCCGAAAUGGCCUCGUCUAACACAUUUUCGAAUUACUAAUGUUUCUCAAUUUAUGGCAAGUUUUUCUGGUCAUGGGUUAGACAUAGAUGUUAGUAUGGAGGGAUGUAUGGAGAGCGUUGAAGGCUUAUUGCAAGGAUUCAACUCCCGCUCACUUCGGGGUUUAGAAUUGAAAGGGAGGGAAGGUUGGGGAAAUUUGCCAGAAUCAAUUCAACAUCUCACCUCUAUCCAUUGGUUAAAGAUAGAGAAUUAUGGAAUGGAAGAGUUGCCUGAAUGGUUGGGGAACCUCUCAUCUCUAAGGCUCUUGCAUUUAUAUAAUUGCAAGAAGUUAAGGCGUCUACAUGCACUGCGGGGCCUCACAUCACUUCAUAUCUUAGAAAUCGAGGGCUGCCCACAAAUAAGUAUUGAACAACAAAGUGAUGCAGCUGAUUCCCAAUGGCCCAACAUUUCCCAUAUCCGCAUCAUUCAGAUUGAUGGAGACAGAAUAGUUAAAGGGAGAAGGAGAAAACAUACUAAGAGUUUGAUGAGUGGGUGCCUCUAAAGUGUCCAUUUGAACUGCUCAACCUGUCUUCAUGUUUACUGUUGUGGAAUAGCAAGACUUAUCCAUUGCUCGAUUUUGCUGCAUUGCUCGCCUCCCAAAAUGCAGUGUUUAAAUAUUCUAGUGUGUCGUCUAUGAUGCUGCUCAUUUUGGGUCUAAAUUCAUAUCCAAUAGAGCUUUUAAGCCAAAUUUUGUUUUUUGAAUUUUUAAUAGGUUUAUUAAAUAUUUUAUAUUAAUUAUUUUCAAUCCCAAUCAAUUACUUAGGGGAAA